AUGUCUGUUCCAACCAUCGCAAUUAUCGGCGGCGGCCCCAGCGGCCUUGCUUUUGCUCGCCUGCUGGAGGUCAACAACAUAGACUACGUCGUCUACGAACGCCUCGCCUCCCCAGAAGUCGGGUCCCAGGGCGGUUCCCUCGACAUCCACGGCAAAACCGGCCAGCUUGUCUUGAAGGAGGCGGGGCUAUUUGAAGAGUUCAAGAAGUAUUCCCGCUGGGAGGACGCUCAAACAAUCGUUCAGGACAAGACUGGCACUACGCAGAUGGUGUUUGGCGAGGGCGAUGAUGCUCCCGAGAUUGACCGCGCUGCGCUGCGCAAGAUUCUGAUUGAGUCUAUCCCGGCGAGCAAGAUUAAGUGGAAUCACGCUGUUGCCAUUGUCGACAAGGAUGAUUCUGGAGAAAUCAACAUCACCUUCAAGAAUGGUAUAACUGCAUCUGGGUUCAAGCUGGUUGUUGGCGCAGAUGGUGCCUGGAGCAAGGCACAGCACUUGGUAAGCAGAGCUCACUCAGGCGAAGCCUCUAUACAUUACCUUGAGGCCAAGAUUUCCAACUCGAACCCGUUCCAUCCCAUCCUCGAUGCCCUGGUCGGACGUGGGAAUCUCAUUGCAAUGGGAGAGGAGAAGCAAGUCUCCGCACAGCGACAAGGAGACGGAUCCUACCGCGUCUAUCUCGGCUUGACCAUUGACGAGGACUUUGUUUUUGAAGGACCUGUGGAUCUGACCAAGGGCAGUGGAGAGGAUGCGCGCAACUUCUUCGUCACCAAUGCUGAGUUUUUCGGUACUUGGGGCUCUUCUCUCAAGGACAUCAUUACGAACUGUGAGGGUUCCUUCAGAGCCUGGCCGCUCUAUCAUAUGCCUUCUUCUGCGCUCUCUUGGGAUAAUGUUCCGGGAAUUACUGUUAUCGGCGAUGCCGCUCAUGUUUCGACGCCGUUCGUGGGAGAGGGCGUCAACUGUGCGAUGUACGACUCCCUGGUUCUGGCGUCUCAAAUUGUUGAGCGCGGCUUGGACCACCUGGAUGAGGCAGUCAAGGCCUAUGAAAAGGAAAUGUUUGUGCGUGGACGGGACUUGAUUGAUCGGAGCAACGGCAGUGGAAGCCUUUUGUUUGCACCCGAUGCCCCGAAGGGUCUGUUGGAGAUUUUGCGCUCUACCAAGCGGGAUGUUUGA